AUGCCGAUAGAAUUCACUCAUGAACGAUCGGGAGGUGGUCGUCAAGAUGAUGCCCCGUCGACGGGUCUCCGCAUAUUGUGUCUCCAUGACGAACAUUCCAGUGCCUCGGAAUUAAAGACGCAUCUGACCCUGUUGGGGGAUCGAUUGUACCAGAAACACGGAAUUGACUUGGUGUACAUCAACAGUCCCUUGUGCACGUCACAAUUGGGGGGAGAAACGGACCGCAUUUGGUAUGAUACGACUGUAAAGCAGGAACUGUUGGGUCUGGAUGCGUCCUUGUGUUUGUUGCAGCAGAUAUGGACGUCCAUGCCUUUUUGGGGAAUUCUAGCGGUAGGCCAAGGUGCCGCUGUGGGGUCCUUGCUGUCGCUGCUUCCAGAUGUCAAACCGAGAGCCAAAUUUGGAAUCUUUAUUCAGGGUGAAGCGUUGAUUCAAGAAGCCGAGCAGUUGGUGGAUGCCGGGGAUGAUUGGGAUUGUUUGCAUAUUGUAGAUCCCAAUGUCAAGACUGAGUCGGGAGGAAGGCUUAUCCAGCAGUUUGGAGGUGCUGCACACCAGAUAUCUAGGAAUGGAGACGACGAGGGCUAUUCGAAGAAAGUAUUGAACCUUAUUGGCAAGUUCAUUAUUGAACAAAAGAAAAAGAUACGACAAGAUGGGGGUGAAUGCCAAGCAUUGGCACUCCAGAAUCAACUACACAUUGUGGAACAACAAGCUUCUCGCUUGAUUGCUCAACAAAUUGCACAGAAUCCACCCAGUGUGCUCAUGGCAGUUGUGGCACCCAAAGAAGUGGCAGCUGGUGGCAUGAAACGAAGAGCCCCAGGGGAAGAGGGAGGUGGAGCUCCCUGUCCUCCAGAAUUCUUGUUGAGAAGAGAUACCAGGGCACAAUUCGAUUCCAAUGGGACUUCCAGUCGGGUACAUCCAGAAGAUAGAUCAGUGCAGCAAGAAGAAUCGUAA